AUGUCUGACAAUGUCGGCCUCUCGACGCCGCGAGGCAGCGGAACUUCUGGCUAUGUCCAGCGAAACCUCGCCCAGGUCAGGCCGCGCGAUUACGCCGCGCCGUAUCCCAAAGACCGCGACAUGCGACACAAGCAGCGCCAGCCCGACAAGGCAAUUCUCGAGCACGAUAGAAAGAGGGAGAUUGAGGUCAAGGUGUUUGAGCUGAGAGACCAGCUGGAGGAAGAAGAGUACGUCUACUUUUUGGACAGACAACGCGGUCAAGAGGAGAUUGAUCGCCGCUGCGACGAGCUGCGAAAGAAGCUGCUCGCGGAGAUGAACUCCAAGAACAAGAACAAUGCGCCGAGGCGGGCUUUCAAGGAGCAUCAGGUGCACGAGAUGGCCGACGCCAAGAUCAAGGAGAGCGAGCGGCUGAGGAGAGCGCUCAAGAUUAGCUCUGAUUAUGAAGAGGGGGGACACUGGAAGAAGCAGGAGGAGAGAUUGAGGGAAUCACUGGCGAAGAAUGAAGGUGAAGAAGCCAAGGAGUGA